CGCCUGGUUGGGGAGAGCAUGGCGGCUUGGUUCCCUGACGGGAUUCACACAGACAGCAGCACCUAUCGGAUAGUGCCCGGGGGCUACGCUGUGGUUGGUGCCGCAGCGUUGGCGGGGGCCGUGACCCACACCGUCUCCACAGCGGUGAUCGUGUUUGAGCUGACUGGCCAGAUCGCACACAUCCUGCCCGUCAUGAUCGCCGUCAUCCUGGCCAACGCGGUGGCCCAGAGCCUGCAGCCUUCCCUCUAUGACAGCAUCAUCCGCAUCAAGAAGCUGCCCUACCUGCCUGAGCUGGGCUGGGGCCGGCACCAGCAGUACCGAGUCCGGGUGGAGGACAUCAUGGUGCGGGACGUGCCCCACAUUGCCCUGAACAGCACCUUCAGGGACCUGCGGAUGGCCUUACACCGGACCAAGGGCCGGACGCUGGCCCUCGUGGAGUCCACAGAAUCCAUGAUCCUGCUGGGCUCCAUGGAGCGCUCCCAAGUGGUGGCCCUGCUCAGCGCCCAGCUCAGCCCUGCCCGGCGCAGGCAGCACCAGCGGGACCAGCGGGCCGCCCAGGGCUCUGCGCCUCCGGACCAGAAGGCCUCCCCCGGCCCGGAGACCAGCGUGCGCUUCCAGGUGAGCACUGAAGAGUCGGGCCUCUCUCCCCCUCGGGGGGAGCCACGCAAGCCCCUGAAGCCAGCCCUGAAACGGGGGCCCAGCAGCGCCAGCAGCCCCGGGGCCGAAAGCUCUCCCGGGGCCCAAGAGUCGGCUGGCAUCGCCCUCAGGAGCCUCUUCUGCGCCAGUCCCCCGGCAGAGGGGAGCUCGGAGUUGGAAAAGUCGGAACCGUGUGAAAAGCGCAAGCUGAAGAGGGUCCGCAUCUCUGUGGCGAGCGACUCAGACCUGGACAUCGAGAUGACGGCUGCCGAGAUUCUGGAGUGGGAGGAGCAGCAGCUGGAAGAGCCUGUGAACUUUAGUGACUGCAAGAUCGACCCUGCCCCCUUCCAGCUGGUGGAGAGGACGUCUCUGCACAAGACACACACCAUUUUCUCGCUGCUGGGAGUGGACCAUGCUUACGUCACCAGCAUCGGCCGGCUCAUCGGCAUCGUCACCCUGAAAGAGCUGCGGAAAGCCAUCGAGGGCUCGGUGACCGCCCAGGGUGUGAAAGUGAGGCCCCCGCUGGCCAGCUUCCGAGACAGCGCCACCAGCAGCAGCGACACCGAAACCACGGAGGUCCACUCCCUGUGGGGCCGGCGCCCCCGCCAGAGCCUGCCCCAUGAGGGCAGCCCCUCAGACAGCGACGACAAGUGCCAGUGAGCGCCGCCAAGUGCCUGCCCACCCUGCCGCUUCUUCUGGGAGGCCCCGGCCCCAGCCGCCUCCCCGCUAGGGGCCUGCCUCUCCCCUCCAGCCUGGAGCUGCCAGCUUCGCCCGGGGUUGUGAGCAGGCGGCUGCUGGACUUCCCAGGGCACAGAAGGGACGGGCCGUCCAGCAGGACUGGCGUGGGGGAGAUCCUGGACUCUCCAGGGACCAGAUGUACAUAGAGAUUUACAAAGAUUUUUAUAUUAAUUUAAUAAAACAGAUUCUUAAAUAGAACAAAAUAAACCCCUAAUGAGCCA